GCCAGCAGCACUGCAGCUCUCGGCUCUGCUCCACAACGCUCUGCUCUGCUCCAGGAAGGCCACCUCCUCCUGCCCUCCUUCUCCCCCUCCUCCUCCUGCUGUCACCACUCACCGAUCAAGCCUGCAGGGGGUGGGGACCCCAGAGCUGGACACACCCCACUGUGGCCCCACAGCUCAACCAGCCGGACAGACUCACGGUCAGACACAGGACCCCGGAGCCCCGAGGUGGGCAGUGUGCCAGGGUCCCUCGCAACUUCUUCAAGCCCUGUGCAGGCUAUGGGCAUCAAGACAACACUGCCAGUGGUUGAGCUCGGUCUCUACUCCCUGGUGCUGAGUGGGGCCCUGGCCUAUGCUGGCAGGAGUCUCCUGGAGGCAUCACAAGAUGGGGCCCACAGGAAGACCUUUCGGGAGUCUGUACGACCUGGCUGGGAGUACCUAGGCCGGAAGAUGGAUGUGGCUGACUUCGAGUGGGUGAUGUGGUUCACCAACUUCCGCAACAUCAUCAUCUUUGCUCUCUCGGGACAUGUGCUGUUUGCCAAACUGUGCACAAUGGUGGCCCCCCAGCUCCGCUCUUGGAUGUAUGCUGUGUAUGGAGUCCUGGCUGUGCUGGGUACCAUGGGCCCAUGGUACCUGAUACUGCUGCUUGGUCACUGUGUGGGCCUCUAUGUGGCCUCACUCUUGGGCCAGCCCUGGCUCUGUCUCACCCUUGGUCUGGCCAGCCUGGCCUCCUUCAAGAUGGACCCCCUGAUCUCUUGGCAGAGCGGGUUUGUAACAGGCACUUUUGAUCUUCAAGACGUGCUGUUUCAUGGGGGCAGCAGCUUCACGGUGUUACGGUGCACCAGCUUUGCUCUGGAGAGCUGUGCCCACCCUGACCGCCGCUACUCCCUAGCUGACCUGCUCAAGUACAACUUCUACCUGCCUUUUUUCUUCUUCGGACCCAUCAUGACCUUUGAUCGCUUCCAUGCUCAGGUGAGCGAGGAGCCAGUGAGGCCAGAAGGAGAGUUGUGGCGCAUCCAGGCCCAGGCAGGCCUGAGUGCAGUGGCCAUCGUAGCUGUGGACAUCUUCUUCCAUUUCUUCUACAUCCUUACCAUCCCCAGCGACCUCAAGUUUGCCAGCCGUCUCCCAGACAGCGCCCUCGCUGGCCUGGCCUAUUCAAACCUCGUAUAUGACUGGGUGAAGGCAGCAGUCCUCUUUGGUGUUGUCAACACUGUAGCACGCCUGGACCAUCUGGACCCACCUCAGCCUCCCAAAUGCAUCACUGCUCUCUAUGUCUUUGGGGAAACGCACUUUGACCGUGGCAUCAAUGACUGGCUUUGCAAAUAUGUAUAUGAUCACAUUGGUGGGGAUCACUCCUCCGUGAUCCCAGAGCUGGCAGCCUCUGUGGCCACAUUUGUUGUCACCACUCUGUGGCUUGGGCCCUGUGACAUUGUCUACCUGUGGUCAGUCCUUAACUGCUUUGGCCUCAACUUUGAGCUCUGGGUGCAGAAGUUGGCAGAGUGUGGGCUGCUGGCACAAAUUGAGGCCCGAUUGUCAGAGCAGAUGUCUCGUAGGGUCCGGGCCCUCUUUGGGGCCAUAAACUUUUGGGCCAUCAUCAUGUACAACCUUGUGAGCCUGAACAGCCUUGAGUUCACGGAGCUCGUUGCUCGACGCUUGCUUCUUACAGGCUUCCCCCAGACCACAAUGGCUGUCCUGUUUGUCACCUACUGUGGUGUUCAACUGGUAAAGGAGCGUGAGCGAACCCUGGCACUUGAAGAGGAUGAACAGAGCAAGGACAAAGAGAAGCCGGAGUAAGGAGAGGAGCAGAGUGCUGGGUUCUACUCUGUUGCCUUUGGGCCCCAGACCCAGGUCAUGGGGCCCGACCAAUAGAAUAAAAGACUUUUCUACCAUAG